AUGCAGGUACGUGGAUUCCGCGUCCGGAAUCCAUAUCACAGCCAAUGGAUAGGUGUCUUCGUUGGCACCUGCCCUAUCCAUGGCCCAGGAAAAACUCUUAAAGUGCUCCCGGCCGCUGGUAAAGAGAGCGAGCUCCCUGUGGAAGAGGCGGACUCCCUGGAAGCUUUCUUCACGCCGGGAGCUGGGCGCAAGUGCCCAGCUCUGGCUGUGGGCAGCCAUGUCCUUAUCCUUGGCAAGGACAAGAUGCUUGUGAUCGACACAGUUGCAAAAGCAGUGCGGGUGAUCAAGCAUCCUGGAUGGUGCCUUUGCGCCAGCAACGGAGAGAAUGUGUACUUUGUGAAUGCUGCUGGGGCGGUACACCGAGCACAAAAAGGUCUGAAGGACGAGACCUUUCCCGGAAGCACUACUUUGGUCCGUGAGUUUUCGGGCACUGCUACCGCCGUCGAUUGCAUUGAGCCCGUCUGCGACUUCGUGAAGGAGCCCACAUGCCUCCUCAGGCCCCGUGACUCCGGAUCAGUGAUCACGGGGCUUUGCGCUCUGCCAGGUUCAGUGCUGGUGUGCAAGGGCCAUGGCAUGCGCAGCUUUGACGUCGGGAGUGCCACAGAAAGGGAGAUCCUGAAGGAUGAAAGAUCUGCCAUGUCGUUUGCUUUCCCGAGCGGUUUGUUCGUGGCCGGUGACACCAUCUUCGCCCAGUGCGCGGAUGGCAUUCGUCAAACGACUGUGGCUGGGGGUCCCGUGAGCCUUGCCCUCCCUGCUGGGGACAUGGUUUUCGAAGACGAUCCUGGCUCACCAUCUCCUUACCCUAAGGACGUCAUUGGCAUUGAUGCCAAAUACAUCUACUUCUUCACAGAGCGGGACUUCUUUCAUGGCAUGGCCCUGCGCCGCUGGCCGCACGGCAAGGGUGGCAAGGGUGCACGGUCCGCCGGCUCCGCCGGCUCUGCCAGCGCAGCAAUGGAGCCGGCACCUGCCGGGGGCAUGGAGAUGAAGGUCACGGCCAAGAAGGGUAUCAGGUUCUAUGAGAGAUCAGCGGAGACCAUGCUGAAGGGACUGGAGGCCAGCACUGCAGCUGAUGGCCGAGAGGUCGCUGCCAAGCCCCCCGUGCAGGAUCUUCGCGUCUCGGCCCUCGGGAAUGCCAUCGAUGUGGCUGUGGCUGUGGCAGCGGGCAUGGAGAAGCGGGGUCUCGCCAAAUUCCGAAGGAUCCAGACGUCCUAUGCUCAAAUGGAGGAUGCUUUCGUGCCGCAGAUUUGGAUUGAUCUCCAGAAGAUAUGA